UGGAAAUUUCUUUCUAUGAAAUCUGUUGUAGCAACAAGCUUGUUGGCCAAAAGUUGGAGUCUUCGAUGGAAAGGAGUUGGUAGCAUUGACAUUGAAAGUCGGUGGUGGACUUAUUCCGGGGAUUUUGUGGAUUUUGUUAAUAACAUGUUUGAGGUUUUAAAAAGGUAUACCAUCCACAAGUUUCGUCUCAAAUGGGAGAAUGUGGUAUUUGGAUCCCCUUGGCUUAUCGAAUGGCUUGCCCUCGCUGUUUGCCGAAAAGUUCGUGUUGUUGAUGUUGGUGUUUUUAGUGAAGAUGGAAAAGAGCGGCAUUUUGUUGAAUUUGGAGUUAAGUUACCAGGUAAACUUUUUAGUUGCAAGACCCUAGAAAUUCUAAAACUAAGAGGGCCGUUUAUCAUUAAUCUUCCGCCCCGGGUUGCUGUUUGUCUUCCCAAACUUGUUCAUUUGGAACUGAGUUUGGUUCACUUUAAGGACGAACAGAAGUCUCUUCCUAAGCUUGUGCAAGGUUGCCCAGUACUCCAAUCUUUCAGAUUUGACAGAAAAUUCUGGUAUAAUUCUUGUUCCGUGAUAAAUUGGUCGAUUUCCUCCCCUUCAUUGAAACAUCUUGAUAUAUCUCUCGGUGAUGAUGGUGGUGGUCACCUCUUUGAGAUUGGCAAUGGAAGGAACUGCAAGCUGGAAAUUGAUGCUCCUGCACUUGAAAAGCUUGUUUUAACCGAUGGAUUGUUGGGGGAAAUUUUGAUACGUGGAGGGUCUAUAAAUGAAGUGGAUCUUGAUUUUAUCUCUUUUGGUCGCGCAACGGAUACAUACUAUCAGAGUUUGAUUGUUCGGUUGAUCCAGGGUUUGAACCAUGUGAAGCUUCUUAAAUUAUCAGAGAGGACCAUGGAAGUUCUUGGCAGAGCCGCGAGCGAAUUGUCAACAACGAGUUUGUGGUCAACAAGGAGUUUGUGGCCAACAACAAGUUUUGAAAGAUUGACCAAACUGGUUGUCAAGUUACAUUAGACACUGAAUGGAAGUGCCUGUUCGACUUAAUCAAUUGCUGCACCGCAUUAGAAUUCCUCGAGAUUACCCGUUUGCCGUGUGAUUCUUUGCAUGAUAAUCGAAUUUCUAUAAGACGUUUGAUGGAUCAAAUUCAUAUCAGGCGCUUGAAGGAUCGGAAUCCUACUGAUAUCGUUUUUAGAUCCUCUUUAUCCAGUCUCAAACGAGUUUUAUAUAAGGGAUUCACUGACCUUGAUGAUGAGAAGUCAGUGUUAUUGUUUAUUCUAAAUCCUGCUAUACUACUGGCCGAAAGAGUUGAUGUUGAUCUGCGCACUAACUUCAGUGAUCACUCUUUUGAACUCACACUUUCUUUUGUUUGAGAAUUUAGAUGAUGGGUUUAAGAAGAUUGAUAUAUACCUUCAUUUAAGAUUUGCAACCAUUUGGGACAACUAAGUGA